GGCCUGGCAUGGGGAGAGCGCGGCUCCUCCUUCACCAUGAAGCGAAGCAGCUCCAAUUGGAAUGCCAAGGUCGUCGGUGUGCUGGGUGUUGCAGCAGUGGCUCUUCUGUUGCUCACCGGAGUAUCGAAGCAGCAUGAAGCAAAGGAACCUGGAAGGUCCGGGCUGUCUGUUUCCCAGAUCUUGUACGAGGCCGACAAUGCUGGAAUGAACGGGGGAACUUCUGGCAUCGCUUCCAGCAAGGGAGAUGCCUCGGACUUCAUGAACUCAGCGGAUCUCGGGGACUACGUUGAUGCUAUCAUCGGACCUUCGCCAUCGGGGCUGACCGAUGGAGGAUUCAAGAAGAGAGGUAGUAUCGCUGUGUCCAAGAUCGAUGCUUCUGGAUUCUACUACCUCAACAUCCAAGGAGAAGCUGGUCAUGCCCUGAAGACCAUACUCCAGGGUUCGGAUGGUUAUCAUCGGCACUGGAAGGGAUAUGGGCAGAUCUAUACUGGUCCCAUCCAUGAGGGCAACUACGGCGGCAAGGACUAUCUGCAGAUUCAGGACCUCGUGACGGGAGAGGUGGAAUACUUCCGUUUCCGCUUCACCUGAAGGAGGAGGACGCGCCGCUGGAGCGUCAGGACCUGGUCAUGUGGCAGAAUCCAUUAUGAUGAUGAUGAUAGAGAUCUUGAGAUGUUAUUGUGUACAAAUACAGGGUGGUUGACCGAAC